CCCCAUCCAAAACAGCGUGGUCCGUGUCCGCUCCCUUCGGUGGAGCAGCAGACGGAAGGAGGGGAGGCAUGUGAUCUAGCCCCGGAAGAGGUAGAUCGGCACCGCCGCCCUAGCUCCUAGGGUUUAGUAGGAGGGAGCAGGAAAGCGGUUCAGGACCAUCGAUCAAGUAAUCAAGAACAAAACACUUUCAAGCAGUAUUCUCUUAAUCAAGCAAAGCUAAGUACGCCCACUCCUGAGACAAACGAGGUGUUAGGAGCCCUCCUACCAUCACGUGUUUGGGGGGCCUGGCCCGUUCCGGAACCACCAGGGCGAUAAGAGCCUGGGAGGAGGCGACGUCGAGACCAUCCAGUGGAUCACGGCACGAACGGCGGCGGCUCCCCUUCUCCUCCCGCUUCUGGCUUCUUCCUCCUCGUUCUUGAGCAAUUCCCCUUGUAUCAGUUCUUGUAACACGAAUUGGUGUUCGUGAGGAGUGAAUCCAUAGCAGGCUCCUUACAUCUGGUAUUCAGAGCCAGUCCACCAGAUUUUCCACCCCAAAUUUCCUCUCCCAGUCUUCGCCUUCUUCCUGUUCGGCAAAAUGUCUAGCCACCAAACGUCCUCAGAUCAAGUUCUCAGCAUGGUGGUGGAGCAAGCAAUUUACCCAAUCACCGUUGAUGUGAUGUAUUCCCUCUUCGGUCCCUUCGGUAUUGAGGAGUUGGUGGUGUAUCCCCCAACAAUAUCAGAGGAUGGACAGCCAUGUGUGGCGGCGGAUGUGCGGUUUUGUUCAGCACACGCGGCGGCAUACUGGGACGGCCGCUGCAUCUACUUCCGGUGCUGUCGUCUGCAGAUGAGGAACGCAACGCCUGACGUGUUGCCGUCCCGAACCUCACCACCAACGAGCACAGCAACGCCAGAUGCCUUCAUGGCGGGUGAUAUUGCUACAUCGGCACACUCCACCAUCUUGGACGCCUCCGUCAACAUCCCUACCGCGGCCAGCACCAGCACGCCGCCUCACUUCCAGGAUACAUCCCCCAAGUCUUCCCUCGACAGCAACGGCCGCGUCCUCGUCACGGGCACGACCGAGUACACAUUGGUGGCGGCAAAUCCAGAAGUCGUCACCGAGCUCGCCGUCCUCCCCGGCGACCCCUUCUCCACCACCAAGGCCCAGGAGAUCCCCAAGUUUGCCCAUGAUGCAACCCCGCUCUGCAUCUCGAUGGUGCCCGUCACCUGUUCGACGGAGUGCUCGACCCAGGUCGAUGCCAUCGACAGCGUCGACGAAGCCCAUGACGGCGCCACCGUCGCAGCGGAGGUUCACAACACCACCACCGCACUCGGUCCCGAGCUCGCGAUCGACCUCUGCAACACCACAGCGGCCAUCGGUGUAGCCACCUGUGGUCACCACGACAAGUUCGACGGCCUCAACAUCCCCGUGAAGGCCAUCAUCAGCCUGCCGCCCCACAUCCAGGUUACAUUCCCGAUUUUUUCCACAAUCAGCAACCGUCGUGUCGUUGUUGCUGGGACGGACGAGUACGCACUCGUGGAAGCCAUUCCAGACAUCGCCAUCGAGCUUGCUGUCCAGCCGCCGACAAGGCACGAAGGGCUGCCGAUACGGCCGACACCAUGGCCAUCAUAUCUGGUGCAUCAUAGUGCAGAGGAGAAUGAGGUUCGACCAACUCCGUGGCCGUCGUUUUCUUGCUCUCAUGAAGGCAUGACUCUGAACCAUAAAAGCCUGCUGCCACAAGUUACUUGUGUGAUGAAGAUCCCAAUCGGUAUGCCAUCAGAGGACGCUGCAGAUUCAAAUUUCUAUGUGCAAUUGUUCAGGCAUGUGAAGCAAAUGGGUGUGCUGAGCACAGAACUCUCCCACAAUCUUGGUCUGCGGUUAAGGCUAUUUGAGCCAUUACUGUCCUCUGAUCCGGCUACCAUUACAGUGCAUUGUUUGAUCUCCAUGUUGCCAAGAGAUACAACUGUCCUGAGUCAUCCGAUAAUGCAAGUUAUGGGUGAUCUAAACCUGGGUGUUGUGGAAUGGCGACUGGUUAUCUGUUCUAUGGCGGCACAUUUAUUUCAGAACAUGCAAAUUGGGCCGUAUGAACUAGGUUGUGCUGCUAUUGUUUCCCCUAAUUGCUCUAAACAUUCCCAAUGGAAAGUUGCAUGGCCACUCAGUUCCAAAAGGAAAACAUCUGCUGGCAGGCCCUGUUUUAUGCCAUGGCCAUCAUUUGCUUGCUCUCCUGACGGAGUUACCCUGAAGCACACAUGGAUGGUACCACAAGUCAUUUAUGCGAUGAAGAGUUUAUCUGGUAAUCUGAAUUCUCUUAGAGCUUUCUCAAGUUAUUUUCCAAAUCUGCAACUGAAGUCCAGAUUCAGUCAAACAAAUGUCCACCUGAAGCUUCCAUGGCCAUCUGAUUCUUGCAAUUGCCGAGCAGUGCAAGUGUGUUCCGAACUGCCUAAGGUGGAAUAUUUUGAACACCAGUUUAUGGGUGUUUGCGAGCAUCACGUAGCGGUUUGGGACUAUGCUGUUCUGGGUUGCAUUCCUAUUUCUGACAAAUUGCAGGGGAUAAUUCAUCUUAUGCAUAUGUCAGUGCGCUGGAUUUUUUUGAGUCAAGAAGAAUUUAAAGGCAGUGGUCGUGUUUCAAUCGACUUUCACACUAACAAUGCAUGGGAACGGUGCUCCAUUUUCCUUGGGAAUUGCAUAAGGAUACUUCCAGUGCAGCUCUAAUGCUCGUGGUUUUUGAAACGGGGCAAAAAGGAUUCAGAUUUCAGUAAUCAUGACAAGCUCUUUCACAUCAAGCAGCAAUUGGGUGCUCUGUGUACAACAUUCCCGAGUAGUGUCUGUCUUCAGUUCGUGCAAUUUUGUCCGUUAUGGUCUUUUGCUCCAGCUGGUAUCACAAUGCAAUGGCAGUGGGACAAGCAUCAAUCGCGGGACAAAAAAUUCACAACAUAUUUUUAUGUUGCCUCGUUCCCCUUCUGAACCAAUAUCAUAUACUUCAGCUAGUGGCGAUCACCUUGAGCAAAUGUGGGACCCUGGAGGCCUUGCGAGCUAUAUAUGCAGUACAUGUGCAUCGACUUCCCUGAUGCAUUACUUGUUUGAAGCCUGGAUUGCAUAUGCGACUCCUAUAUGCACCCAGUUGAGAAUGGAGAAGCCAAUGGCCAGCGGCGAACUAAAUCAGUGGAUGACCAUUCAUUUCUUGCCUGGAACAUGGGAGCUUGAUUACAGACUUGACAAGUUCAUAGAGCUAUGGGGAUUCUUGCUGCCAUUAUAUUGCCAGUCAUGCAAGUCCACGAGGAGCGGAAAAAUCUGUGUGUCGAGCGUACCUGAUGAUCUAGGGAGCUUUACGGUUGUCCAGGAAGACUAUGGGACUUCAGCUUCCAAUCAAGGCACUCUUCAAGGAGGGAGGGGUUUCAUCACCGGUGCUGUUGUCGUCGUCGUGCAGGGCUCCAUCAACCACAAGUACUACCUUAACUUCGAUCAAGACUAUGUUGGCACCGACCACUUCCUCGGCGCCUCUUUGGAUGGAGUCACCAUCGACCACGGCUACUACAACCUCCUCGUUCAAGUCAACCUCGACGUCGACUACCAUCAUGACUUCGACCUAGUCAAGGAACAUCGAGUGCAAUGAGAUCCCGGCGGUUCUCGGUGGUGUCGGCUUGGGGUCAAGCCGCAUUUCAAGGAGGGGGGGAUGUUAGGAGCCCUCCUACCAUCACGUGUUUGCGCUGGCCCUUUGGGCCAGCUAAGGGGGCCUGGCCCGUUCCGGAACCACCAGGGCGAUAAGAGCCUGGGAGGAGGCGACGUCGAGACCAUCCAGUGGAUCACGGCACGAACGGCGGCGGCUCCCCUUCUCCUCCUGCUUCUGGCUUCUUCCUCCUCAUUCUUGAGCAAUUCCCCUUUAUCAGUUCUUGUAACUCGAAUUGGUGUUCGUGAGGAGUGAAUCCAUAGCAGGCUCCUUACACGAGGCAGCAGUUCACUAAUCAUUUCAGAGAGAACAAUGCCACCAGAAACACAUGCGCAUCCAACAUGUGGAUUUUAAAA